AGUCUCCGAAAAGUCCGCUUGUGGUGGGUGCAAAAUUUUGCAAUGUUUUUGCAGUUUGGUGCGAAUUUCUCUUGAAUUUGGUGAAUUUUCGGUGUAUUUGAAGAAAUUUUCGCAGUGCAACGUAAAUCCGAAUCGGCGAACGAGAGAAUCCCCGUGCCAUGGUGGUGUGAUUUUAGGAAGAACCCUAGCUAGCUGGAAAAUCAACAAGCCGCUUUUUACUAUCGCGGCGUCUCUUGAAUGGCAUAAACAAAAAAGCGCAUCUUGAAGCAAUGGAUCAAUAUCCGUACAGCAUUCCGCCCGGAUAUCCGUACGCGGGAAAUGCCCCUGAAAAGAAUGUUAACAUAUCGGACGGUACAACCGUUCCGGGUCAAAAUCCGUACUACAUGAAUAGCGACACCGCCGAAACAGCAUCUUUCGGUUUCGAUGCUGCUGCCCAUCCGCAACAACAACAACAACAACAAAUCUUUCAACCAAAUACAGUUCCGAUUCCAGCGGGGCAGACUAAUGGGCAAAUGCCAGCAGAAACCCCCGUAGGUUUCAGUCCGUUCGAUAAUCAGGCGACAUUCACUAGCCAGUUGCCACCAGCACCGGUUUUACCAAUAGGAGCGACAAUUUCUCCGCCCAGUGGAAUGGAGGGAAUGUACGAUCAGCAAAGUUACGAUCCGCCAGGGAAAGUCAGUCAAUCCGGCAUGGCGCCUCCAUCGUUGGACUUGAUACAAGAAGUUUCGACGGUCGCUCCUGUGGAACAAUCUUUGGGAAAUGCGGUCUCCAAUGAAUCAUCAACGACUCCGGAAGUCAUACAAGAUAAUGCUGGAUCGAUCCCGAAUGUAGUUGAGGAAACCAGCACAGUGUCAACUCAAUCCGUUGAAACGCCGACUUCGGAGGCACCAGUAUCGAUCAAUCCUAGCGAUAGCCAGGAAAUUGCAGAAAGUAACCAAGUUGAUCCAGCUACUGAGAACCUUUCCAAUGCUUCUGAAGAACCUUCAGCAGCGGCAACAGCCAAUGCUGACACAAGCGAAUCACCACCCACUGAAGAUAACCUUCCUUUAGCCAGCGAUGAAUCAACCGUUGUUCCAGAACAACCAGAAGAUGCAUCCCACGAUGCGUACCUUCCCGCAAAGUCCCGCAGCCCAACCCCUUUAUGCAAAUUUCGUGAAUCAACGCAGAACAUUUGCUCUACAUCCACCAAAAAGAAGCGACGGCGGAUAGUAACGUUGAACGAUGACGACGACAGCGACGAUGAAGACGUUAGCAAUCGUUUGGAGUUGUUGCGUUCGCCAGAACCGCCCGCGGAAGGAAACGAUGCAGAUGGUACAAGUUCGGGGGCAGUUCCCGAGCUAUCGACUACCGGAGACAAACGGAACAACGGUGAUGGCACUGAAAGAGAAGAUGACGAUAGACCGGAUUCAGCUGCGUCUGGGGCUGCGUCCAUUUUCCAGAACGUGGUCAUGAUUCCGGCUGGAGAUUCCGAUCACCAUAAGAGAAAGAAGAUUCGAGUGUUGGACAGUGACGACGAUGAGGACGAGCAACGGGUCGUGGACACUGUGGAUGAUAUCGGAUUGACCGGGGAAGGAGCAGACGAGCUGAAUCCAGGAGGACUGCUGGUGGACGAGAAUGCUGAAGAUGCAGACUUCGGAACGGUCGAUGGUAUUGAACUGGAGAAUGUAGAGCAGAUCGUUGCAAUGGAUGCACCGAUUAUCGAUCCCAGUGAAAUGACAAAUGAGGACGAUGAGGAUGGUGGGUCGGACAAAGGGGAGAAGGAGAAGGAAGCAAGUGAUCGGGAACAGGAUGGUAGUGGGGCUGAAGAGGAGCAAGAAGAGGAUGAACUGGGAGAAGAGGAAGAAGUUGUUGAGGAAGGAGUGGAAAUGAUAACAGCGGAAGAUGAUGAAGGAGAAGCUAUUGGUAUAGCGACGGAUGAUGAGCAAGUUCUAGGGGAUGAUGAACAGCAGGAGGCAGAUUCUGGAGGGGAACAAGAAGAUGAUAAUCGAGGGAGUGAUGAGGAAGAACAGCAGGCUUCAGAUGAAGAACGAUCGGAAGAAAGUGAGAACGAACAGCAAGAUGAAAGUGAGUCUGAGAAGGAAGAUGACAGACAAGAAGAGGAAGAAACUCAGAAUGACCAAAGCGAUACGCGAUCAACAUCUUCUCCUGUAGAGCAGGAAAAAGAUAGAAGAGAGUCCACUUCGAAGCGGCGUAAGAAGAGUGAAAACGACAAAAAUUCUGACAGUGAAGAUGAUGUGGUAUGCCAGAACGAUCUGGAACUGAAUACGAUUUCAUUGCUGACGGACGAGGAAGAUGACAAUCCAACUCCGUUGCCGCCGCCGAAGAAGGAGCUACCCGUGGUAAGGAUAGUCAACAUCAAGAAGGAAGUGCUGGACGAUCGCACAGUCAAAAGGGAAUCCAACGCACGGAUGGAUGCAGCCACGUCCUACCAGCAGCAGCACUAUCUGAAAAAGCAACAUCAACUGGCACAAAAGAAGCGGGAAAAAGAAAAGAAGAGGAAGGAACGCACCUUUGAUAAUAACGAUCCUUUCGGUGCGUGGAGCAGUUCGUCCAGCGAAGACGAGUUCAUUCCGAACGACAUCUACUUCGGCACUCCGGAUCGGGUAUUCACCGCAAGCACAAAAACACGCUGCCAGCGGCAGAAGAUGAUCAACGAUCGAUACACGAAGCACGGCAAGUCGGGAAGACCCAACAAACGGAAGUACGGAGACGACUCGGAUGUCGAGGAACGGCGAAAGCGAAAGCAGAAACUCGAUGAGAUAUCCCGUCUCAAUCUGCCCACCUAUCAGCAGCAACAGUUGCAGAAUUUAGUCAAGAAGAAAAAGAAGAGAAAGAACGACCGAUUCUACGACAAAUCGCAGGACAUUCCCAAUGAUAUCUACUUUGGAAAUGUCAACGUUCCACUUCACAUUCUGUACGGCUUUGGUGACAGUUCUUCUGAUGACGAGAAACGGGACAGACGUGGAGGAAAUAUCUGGAAAUCACCACCGCCCACCAGUAGCAGGAGCGGAAAAUACCACUCGAACAGCAAGAGCUUCAAAAGCUCGUCAUCUUCCAGUCACAGCAGGUCGUCCGUCAGUCCCAGUAGUGACCGUUCGGUGCAAGCCAUGAAGGAAUACCUGAAGAUUGCUGGCUUCAAGAGCGUCAAAUUCCACAAACUAUGGGAAGGAUGCAAGUCCAAUCAGGAACGAGCGAAUGCCAUUCUUCGGUUAAUGCAGGAAAAGGGUCUGGAAGGGGAACCGACCAUUGCCAAGUGUCGUGAACUGCGCAAGCAGUUGCAAAUGGAACGCGAGGCCCAAGUGCUGGACACAAGCUUGAUUAUCGACUCUGGUGAAGGUCGAAUCACACGACGAAGUGCAAGGAAUCCGCAAAAUCAUCAAUUGUCACCUGGAGAUCCAAAUGCACCAUCCACAUCGGGCCUAUCGCAACCUCCGACUGUUACACCGGAAAGUCUGGAAACCUUAAAUCGAAUCCGGAAUGUAAUCGAUCCCGAUUCCGACGGAGAGGAGUAAUCCCUUUUUGUACAGAUAGAUGAUCCCGUCGAAGGUGGCCAUAUACACUAUCUUGUUAUUCAUAUUUAGACAGUACAGUACCGUUUCAAUUAUAGCGAUUGAAAGCCCACACUAUUUCAAUUUUAUUUCAGAACCUUUAUUGUCUACAAUCACAGCUUAUAUUUUCCGUUUUCUCAAAGAAAACGCAAUUAUAAAAAAAAAAUCAUUUGUCUAAAUAAAUUGUGGAUCUACAUCAUACAGCAAAUCAUAAUGGAAAGCUUCCCUUAUGAUAAACAGAAAAUGUCAUGCAAGUAUAAAACACGAUAGUCCUUAGAAUAUGUUAAGUAUAUAAAAUAGCUUCUUAUUAUAAAGCGGAAAAUGUGAAUGCUUAGAUUGCAUCGUGAAAUCAAAAGUCACUCUCAUUAGAAUAGAAGAAAAAAUAACGCAAAUCAGAGAAUAACAAAUUUAAACAAAAUAACUGUACAUUAGUUUGAGGGUUCGACCGACUGUGAAAUCUUCAAUAAAGUUUGGCUUUUUAAGAUA